AUGAUUGGGCGAAGGGUUUUGGAGUGGCAAGUUGUGUGUGUUCUACACAGUUGCACCAACCUGAAUCACGUGAAACAAGUUCAUGCCCACAUUUACCGCAACAACCUCAACCAAUGUUCCUACGUUAUCACCAAGCUUCUUCGCGUUCUCACCAUGUUCCACCAUGUUCCCAUCGACACCUACCCUCGCCUUGUCUUUAAACAGGUCCACACCCCAAACCCUUUUCUCUGGACCGCUCUCAUUCGUGCCUAUGCUCUUCGAGGACCCCUUUUUGAGGCAUUUCGUUUGUACGGUUCUAUGAGGAUGCAACGCAUUGAUCCCCUGUCGUUUACCUUCUCUGCUCUGUUUUCAGCUUGUGGCGUAGUUCGUGAUCCUAGUUUGGGCGCGCAGGUUCAUGCCCAGACACUGUUGGUUGGUGGGUUUGACUCUGAUUUGUAUGUCAACAACACCAUGAUCGAUAUGUAUGUGAAAUCUGGGCUUUUGCAUUGUGCGCGCAAGGUGUUUGAUGAAAUGGUUGAACGGGAUGUGGUUUCUUGGACCGAGUUGAUUGUUGCGUAUGCCAGGACUGGGGAUAUGAAGUCUGCACUGGACUUGUUUGAUGGAUUGCCUGUUAAGGAUAUGGUGGCUUGGACUGCAAUGGUUACUGGGUAUGCCCAGAAUGCCAUGCCAAAGAAAGCAUUGGAGUUUUACGAGCUGUUGCGAAAUGCUGGUAUAGAGACUGAUGAAGUUACCUUGGUUGGUGUCAUUUCUGCUUGUGCUCAAGUGGGUGCAUCUAAGUAUGCUAACUGGAUAAGGGACAUUGCAAAGAGUUCUGGAUUUGGGCCGGAAAAUAAUGUACUUGUGGGAUCUGCGUUGAUAGACAUGUUCUCCAAAUGUGGUAACGUGGAGGAGGCAUAUAAUGUGUUUAAAGGAAUGAAGGAAAGAAAUGUGUAUUCUUACAGUUCCAUGAUUGUGGGGUUUGCAAUCCAUGGCCGUGCUCAUGCUGCAAUUAAAUUAUUUUAUGAGAUGUUGGAGACGGAGAUAAAACCAAACCAUGUUACUUUUGUUGGGGUGCUUACAGCCUGCAGUCAUGCAGGCAUGGUAGACCAAGGUCAACAACUCUUUGCUACCAUGGAAAAAUGUUAUGAUGUUGCUCCAACUUCAGAUCAUUAUGCUUGCAUGGCAGAUCUUCUUGGCCGAGCUGGACACUUGGAAAAAGCACUUCGGCUUGUUGAGACAAUGCCUAUGGAGCCCAAUGGAGGUGUAUGGGGAGCACUUCUUGGAGCAUCACACAUCCAUGGGAACCCUGAUGUUGCGGAAAUUGCGUCUAGCCAUUUAUUUGAUCUUGAACCUGAUAACAUGGGGAAUUAUUUAUUGCUUUCUAACACUUAUGCAUCAGCUGGAAGAUGGGAUGAUGUGUCAAGGGUCAGGAAAUUGAUGAGAGAGAAAAAAUUGAAAAAAAAUCCAGGGUGUAGCUGGGUUGAAGCAAAAAAUGGUAUGAUUCACGAGUUUUUUGCUGGUGAUGUAAAACAUCCAGAAAUUAAUGAGAUAAAGAAGGCAUUGGAUGAUCUUUUGGAACGACUGAAGGCUAUUGGAUACCAGCCAAACCUCAGUUCUGUGCCAUAUGAUAUUAAUGAUAAAGAAAAGAGGCUUUUACUAAUGGCUCAUAGUGAAAAACUAGCUUUGGCAUUUGGACUGCUAAGUAAUGAUGCUGGUUCUACUAUAAAGAUUAUGAAGAACCUCAGGAUAUGUGAGGAUUGUCAUACUGUAAUGUGUGGCGCAUCAAAAAUUACAGGAAGAAAAAUUGUUGUGAGGGAUAACACGAGAUUCCACCACUUCAUUAAUGGGGCCUGCUCUUGUGGUAAUUUUUGGUGACCAAGGCUAGGUCAAUAUGGCGGGGGGAAACUGACAUAUUGGUGUUGGAAGAAUAAAUUUGAUGUGGGUGGCCAAUCCAUUUGUUAUUUCUGAUAAAUUAGAGUCAUGUAAAGAAUGUUUUGUGGCUGCCUAGAUAUCAAAUAUUUAGAGAAGGAUAUUGAAAUUUUAAAUCAAAGGCACACCUAUUCAUUUUACAGGGUUGUUCAAUUUAUCAUUGAGGUGAUUUAAAGAUGAAGAGGGAAGCCAAGUGAGGGCAACUAGCUGACAAAUUUUUAUCCCCGGCAAAGCAAAUGUUUUUACAGAUACAUGAUCAAUCAGCAGUGUAAUUAUGAAGUAGCAACAUCACGGGAUGUUACAUAGAGAUGGGAAACAAUGACUCUGAUAGAGGAUGAGAUAAACUUACUAUAUCGAUUCAGGUGGAAUCCUGAAACUUCAUAUAUGCAGUGACAAAUAAAGCAAUGGUUAGUAAUAGAAA